AUGAAGCCCGAGUAUGAUGGGGACGGGACGAUGCGGCUCGAGGCAUUCAGCGACGCAGACUACGCUGCCGAUAAGUCCGACAGAAAGUCAAUGACUGGCGGCGUGGUGCGCCUGAACGGCAUGGCCGUGAGCUGA